AUAUAUGUACAUAUAUAGAGUAUAAAUAAAACAAGUUCGAGCAAGGCUCGAAAUAUUUUAUUGCAUAAUGCCGCAACUGACACCAAUAAAUCUUUUAAAUCGUCGCGCGACUUUUUCAUUUUCCUCAAAAACUGAAUCUGCCAGUAAUGAAACUGAUUCAGAAGAGAUUUUCUACCAUGGCAAGCCAAUUAUAUUUCAGACAAAAAGAAUUGACAACUUUGGGACUUCCAAUUAUCAAUCUGUACUCGACAUUCAAACUGUAUUGCUCGAGUAUAAGCAAUUUCGAGCUGCUCGCACUAUACAACGAGUAUUUCGCAGUUGGCAUGAAUAUCAUAAAUAUAGAAAGAUGAAGAAAGCCGCCAUUGUCAUACAGAAAUGGUGGCGACGUUUCUUCCAAAUGAAUUACUAUUACCAUAGAACGGAGGAGAUAAUGCAAAAGUGUAUACUUGAUUAUUAUCAUAAGAGUGCCACUAAGAUACAGGCCUUAUUUCGAGGCUGGUGGUCUCGCAAAUAUCUUUACGAUUUCUUCCAAUUAAAGAGAAUUAAUAUUCAUACUUUGAGUGAAUUGCUCUUUUGCAUUGCUUGUGAAAUGAAAGCUAUGAAAUAUAAGGGUCUUUUACCAGGCGUCUAUUCCUUGCGUAAUUCUCCAUGCCUUUUAAAGUGUGAAAAAUUUCUCUCCUCACACGAUUUUCGUUUUCACAAUGAACUUAUUCAAACCGAAUGGAACUCAAUUCAUACACACCUAAAUGAUUGUCGUCGCUCGUUCCAAGAUGCUUUUAUGUAUACCCGUGUUCCGUAUCCGGGGCAUAAUUAUUAUGAUCUCUGUCAGAAAAUCUAUGAGCCUCAAGCUGUUAAACCAAGGUCCAGCAAAAUUGACAAUAAAAUCCUAAGGACUAUUGCUAAAUUUACAUCUGCCAGAGAUACUUACAAGCAGCGUCGACAAAAGAAAUUUACUAGGGGCUGGGAAGCUCAUAAAAUGCCUAACCAAAAGGCAAUAAGGCUGAAUAAAAAGUUUUGCGGACAACUUAUGAAGAGUAUGGAACAUUGGCGUAACAUUGACGGCACUCUCAUAUUCCCUAACAAUCUGUUGGAAAAAUAUAGUUGUUUGAAUUUAAUAUUUCAAUCAGUUAAUGAGCAAGCUAAACCAAUAUCAGAGAUAUGCAUACCAGGAUGUAUAUCAAUGGCUGUGGAAUGAUUAUUAUAUUCUUUCUAAAGUUCAAUGAUUUAAAUUAUAUUUUUUGUAAAGCUUAAUACAAAAC